UCUAGUGCAAUUAAUAUGAGCUUGAUGUGCUUGAAGAUGAAGCAAGAUAUCUGUGAAAAAGAGAUCAUCACUUCUAGGGAUUUUCCCUCCGCUUAUCCCUCCCUACCUUCGUAAUCUUCCAUCUUCAACAGCUUCGCAUCGGAUUUGAACUCUCGUACAAAAGCCGAAGGACCUGUUUAAUUGCAGGUCUAGCCCGCCCUUCUCUUUGGCUGCACCCUCUCACGAUGGACACAACCUUCGACUAGAAAAGAGAAGUCGGUGGUGACAUUCUUAACAUCCUCCAUCCAGGAAACCUUCCGACUCCGACUAUGCCGAUCAAUCGCAUGAUCGACUCCAACUACAACAACUCUCCGUCGCGCACAAUUUACUCUGAUAGGUUUAUCCCCAGCAGAUCCGGCUCAAAUUUCGCACUUUUCGACAUCUCCAAUUCUCCCACGUCAGACCAAGGAAAAGAAGACCGUUCUAUUGCUUAUCAAAGCCUUUUACGCGCCACGCUGUUUGGGCCCGAUACGCCGGGUACUCCGGUUUCCCGCAAUAUUUUCCGGUACAAAACUGAAACUAAACGGUCUUUACAUUCGCUUCAACCUUUAGGGUAUGACGAGUCGGGCCUUGGCAUUAGCCAUAGUCCUGUUAAAGCUCCCAGGAAGGUUCCCACCUCACCUUACAAGGUUUUGGAUGCACCUGGAUUGGAAGAUGAUUUCUAUUUGAAUUUGGUGGACUGGUCACCCAACAAUGUCUUGGCUGUGGGGUUGGAAAGUUGUGUUUAUUUAUGGAAUGCUUGUGGUAACAAGGUUACCAAGUUGUGUGAUUUGGGGAUUCGUGAUAGUAUUUGUUCAGUUGGUUGGGCUCAAUGUGGAACUCACCUUGCUGUUGGAACUAACAAUGGCCAAGUUCAGAUAUGGGAUGCAUCUAACUGCCGCAGGGUAAGAACAAUGGAAGGGCAUCGAUCACGUGUUGGGGUGUUAGCUUGGAGCUCUUCUCUAUUAUCUUCUGGUAGUCAUGACAAGAGCAUUCUUCAAAGAGAUAUACGUGCUCGGGAUGAUUUUGCCAGUAAGCUUGUUGGACACAAGAAUGAGGUUUGUGGACUGAAGUGGUCUUACGAUGACCGUGAACUAGCAUCAGGCGGUAAUGAGAACAGACUUCUUGUUUGGAAUCAACAUUCAACUCAACCUGUCCUGAAACACUGUGAGCAUACCGCUGCUGUAAAAGCAAUUGCAUGGUCUCCCCAUCGGCAUGGCCUUCUUGCAUCUGGAGGUGGUGCAACUGAUCGUUGUAUUCGAUUCUGGGAUACAACCACUAACACACACUUGAGCUGCUUGGACACUGGCAGUCAGAUAAGCAAUCUUGUGUGGCCUAAGAAUGUCAAUGAACUUGUCAGUACUCAUGGAUCUUCCCAGGACCAUAUAAUUGUUUGGAGAUACCCUACCAUGUCAAAGUUGGCUACUCUCACGGGCCACACAACUCGAGUUCUUUAUCUCGCAAUCUCUCCGGAUGGACAGAAAAUAGUUACGGGAUCUGGGGAUGAGACACUUUGCUUUUGGAGGUUGUUCCCUGCCUCUAAAUCUCAGAACACUGAUAGCAAAAUAGGAGCAUCAUCUUUUGGACGAACCUCAAUUCGUUGACUCUAAGUCGUGCUCUGAAUUAUCAGAUUUCAUGAAGAGAUGGUGGGAGCAUUCCUCAUGCUCUCUGAAUUACCGAACUUGUCAGCCUGAACCAACCCACAAAAUGUAGUCAAGUGUAGAAAUGUGGAGCAGGUUCAAGAAGUAAUUUGUGGCUAGAUUAUGAAUCCCAAUAUUCUUUAUUUUUUGAUUAGAAAUAGAUAAUUUUUUGGUUCAAUGAUUAAAAUAGAGAUUUAUUGUAUAGAGGGAGGUGAUAUUACUUGUUCUUAGCACGAUUCUUUUUGUGAUCCAUCUUAA